ACGCGAUGAAUCCAGGGGAAUGCGCGCUCCAGCUCCAAAAUGUAAGAUCUCCGCCGCGAAAUAUCUCCUCCUGGAUCGCAGGCGUUCGUUCGAGCGGCAGCAGGAUCGACUGGACCUCUUCCUCUUGCUGGCCGGAUUGAAGGCCUGUGGCAGCACCAGAGAUCUCGACAGCGGCAAAAGAAUCCACAGCGAUGCGAUCGAAGCUGGAUUCCACGCCACGAACUAUGUGAUGAACAGUCUUGUCCACAUGUACGCCAAGUGUGAGAGCAUGGAGCUCUCUCGCCAGAUCUUUGACACGAUGGAUCAUCGUACAGUGGUUUCUUGGAAUUCCUUGAUACUGGGAUACGCGGCAAACGGCCAAGGUAGCACGGCGCUGGAUCUUUUCCACGGCAUGGAGCGAGAAGAUGGAUCGAGCUCUCCGAAUUCGCGGACUUUCGUGGCUGUUCUUACGGCUUGCUCGAGUUUGGCAUCGAGAGAAGAGCCGAAAGUUAUGGACGGGAAGCUUGUGAGACUGGGAUCUCUGGAGAAAGGCCGGAUGAUCCACUCGCAAGCCAGGAAGAAUGGCUGCGACUCGGACACUUUCGUCUCCAACAGCUUGAUCGACAUGUACUCCAAGUGUGGAAGCGUGGUGGAAGCUCGACAGAUCUUCGACGUGAUGCUCCAUCGCUCCAUCGUCUCGUGGAACUCUAUGAUGCUGGGAUACGUCGAGAAUGGCGAGCCCGAGCAAGCUCUUGGACUGUUCUCUCGAUUGGAGCGUCAAGGUGGCGGUGUUCUUCCGGACGCUCGGACUCUAGUCGCCGGCUUGAUGGCUUGCUCGAGCUUGGCCAAGCGAGCUGGCGACGACACACUCGAGAAGAUCUUGGAAAAGGGAGUGGAGCUCCACUGGAGAGCCAAGCAGCUUGGUUACGAGUCACAGCUCUUCGUCGCCAACACUCUGAUCGACAUGUACUCGAAGUGUGGGAGCCUGGAGAAGGCAAAGCUGGUCUUCGAUUCCAUGCCUGCUCGAGACGUCGUCUCCUGGAACUCGCUACUGCUGGGAUUCUCCGAGAGUGGCGACGAUCAAAAGAUGGUGCUCGAGCUCUUCCAGCAAAUGCAAGCCGAGAGGUUCGCUCCAAACUCUCGGACCUUCGUUGCCGUGAUCGGUGCCUGCUCGGCUCUGGCAGCAGCGCAGUCGAAGAAGAAAGCUAGAGCUAGAGACGAAGAAGAAGCUUGGCUGGACAAGGGAGUGGCAAUCCAUGGCCAAGCAGUGAUCGCUGGCUGCGACACAGACCUCUUCGUUGCGAGCUCCCUGGUGGACGUGUACGCCAAGUGUGGCUCCAUGGAGCUCGCUCGCAAAGUCUUCGACUCCAUGCCUCGCCACGACACAGUCUCGUGGAACACACUCAUCCUGGGAUACAGUGACAACGGCGAGAGCCACUCCGCUCUAGAAUCCUUCGCUCGAAUGCGGCGAGAAGGUACUUCCACUCCAGACAGUCUAACUUUCGUCUCGGCUCUCAAUGCUUGCAGCAAGCUCUCGGCUAUGGAGAUGGGCAGAACGAUCCACGCCGACGUCCACCGCUAUGGCCUGGAAGCCGAAGUUCUCAUCACGAACGCCCUGGUGGAUUUCUACGGGAGCUGUGGAUGCACCGCGCACGCCGCGAGAGUCUUCUACUCGGCUUUCACCACCGACUUGGUCACUUUCAGCUCGAUCAUCGCGUGUUACAGCCGGGCUGGGGACUGCCACCGAGUGUUUUCCAGCUUCCGCGAGAUGAUCGAGCAGAAGCUCCGGCCAGACGCCAUGACUUUCUCGUCGAUCCUCAGCGCCUGUAGCCACGCCGGUCUCGUCGAGCAGGGGGAGUACUACUUCGAGGCCAUGAGCCGCGUGUACCAAGUCGCCCCCGACAUGGAUCACUACCACUGCUUGAUCGAUCUUCUCGGGAGGGCCAACCAGAUCGAUGAGGCGCUCGAGCUCGCGAGAAAGAUGCCUUUCCAGCCGAAUUCCCUGACCUGGACGACGCUGCUGAGCGCCGCGACCAAGUGGAAGAACGAGAGCGUGGGGAAGGUAGCGUUUGACGCACUGACCAGCUUUGGUGGCGAAUCCUCCGCGACGUACUCUUUGCUGGCAAAUAUUUUCACGUUUAACAAGAAGUAGCAGCUCAAAAUUAAAUAUA